AUGCCGCCCCGGGAGUUGAUUGACGCCAUCGACGCGGCGAUUCAGGGCGGCGUCAACAUGGUCCAGUUGCGCGACCGCGCCACGACCGGGCGGGCGAGAACCGAUUUGGCCAAGGCCGUUCGGGAAGUAACCAGGGAUCGAGCGGUGUUCGUAGUGAACGGGGACCCCGAGUUGACGGCGCAGACGGGCGCGGACGGUGUGCACCUGCCGGAAUCGGCGAUGCCCGUUUCGACGGCGCGGCAAAUCGCAGGGCCCGGAGCUCUCGUUGGCCGUUCGGUGCAUAGCAGGGCCGCGGCAGCGUCGGCCGCGGGGCAGGGCGCCGACUACCUGAUUGCCGGUACCGUGUACCCAUCUCCAUCCCACCCCGGCGGAACGGCAAGCGGGACCGCCAUCAUCCGGAGCAUCGUCGGAAUGGUUGACCUGCCAGUCAUAGGCAUAGGCGGUAUAGACGCGUCGAACGCGGCCCGCGUGAUGGGCGCCGGCGCGCGCGGCGUGGCCUGCAUUAGCGCGAUACUUGCCGCCAAAGACCCGCGUCUUGCGGCGGCCGCAAUCGCAAAACACAUCGAUCAGCGCGGGUCGAAUGAUGACACCCAAUGA